AGUGGCGAGCAGCGAGCGGCGCGCGGGAGCGGCACGCGGGAGCGGCACGCGGGAGCGGCCAGCAAGCCGGGCAACGACCUUCGGGAGGAGAGUUGGCACCGAGGACACCAUGGUGUGACAGACUUCUGCUGUCCAGCUGCUUCGUGCUAUGUUUAUGGCCUUCGACGCAGCAUCUUCUCUUCACGGAUUUUUCGUCCCGUCCUUUUAACAUCACGCCGAACCGGUGGCGCUAGUGACCAGCCGUGAGAUGGCGGCACCAGAGACAUUACGGGUGGCCGCCAACGUGUUGCGCCUCAAAGGCCGCACGCUGCUGGUGCCAGCGCUGGCCACCACAGUGCUGCUCGUGAUGCUGGUGGUGGGCCGGUGGACGGUACCUGCACCAGCGGCACGGACCGGAGCUGGGCUGGUGUGGCGGCGCGCGGCGCUGGGCAGCGAGCACAGCGAUGACGCGGGGCCGGCAGACCGGCGUCAGGCCGCCCCCGCCGCCCUGCACAACGCCGCCAGGCGGAGCUACGUCUCCGGCCAGCGGUUUGUGGACUUUGACCCGUCGGAGGGAGUGGACACGAGAGAGAGGAUCGUGUCCGGCCCCACAGUGGCGCUCGUGUCCGCACCCUCCACGGUACUCGAGCCCGCACCCUCUGCGGUGCCCUCGUCCGCACCCUCUGCGGUACUCGUGCCCGUACCCUCCACGGUACUCGCGUCCGCACCCUCUGCGGUGCCUGCGUCCGCGGCAGACGUGCGUUCGCCGGCGACAGUACGCGACAGGACGUUCGCACGCGAGACGGUGACUCGGGCGCCCGGUAACCGGCUGGUCGACCGGGACCUGUUCGCGCCGAACGCGGCGGCGCGUCCGCUGCUGGGCCUGAAACUGAGCGGGUCCACCAUCGGGCCAGGCCGAAGCGGGCCGCCGGCCGCCUCUUCGCCGGGUGCGGCGGCGUCCCCAGCGCCCGGGCCGGCAGCGGAGCCUGGCUCGGCGACGGCCCAGUACCAGCUGCCGGGCUGCGCGUGCCGGCGCUCCUACGACCCAGCGGCGGUGCGCCGGCUCAACGGCACGCGCUCCAGCUGCGGCGGCUUCGCCGACCUGCGUGGCCCGGGACAGAACGUCAUCUCGUUCAGCUUUUACGGCAACGCGUCAAGCGUGUUCUUCGGCGGGAUUGAGGCGAAUCUGCGCGAGGUGCCGAGCGUCUACCCCGGCUGGGUGGUGCGCGUGUACCACGACAUCGACCUCAGCCAGCCGGGCCAGAGCCAGCUCGUCUGCCGCGUGGCAUGUCGCUACGACAACGUGGACUUCUGCGACGUGCGCAGCCUGCCCGGCCUCGGGGAUCUCAGUAAAAAGUUCGGCAUGAUCUGGCGGUUCAUGCCGCUGGCCGACGACACCGUGGAGCGCUUCAUCGUCCGCGACCUCGACUCGCUCAUCGGAUCGCGUGAGCGGGCGGCGGUGGACGAGUGGAUCGCCUCCAACAAGACGUUCCACGCCAUGCGGGACGCGCCUGCGCACGGCACCGAGAUCCUAGGCGGCAUGUGGGGCGGCUGGAACAGGCACAACGACAUCUACCGGCGCGUCCGCCAGCGCAUCAUCAACUCCACCCAGUGGAAGUUCAAGGGUCUGGACCAGCGCGUGCUGACGGUGGUCUGGACGGUGGUCCUCUGGCCUCAUAUCGUCAAGCAUCGCGACCUCAUCGCGCACGACAGCUACCUCUGCUGGUACUACCCCAUGUCCAAGCCGUUCCCCACGCAGCGCAAGAGCCCGCACGACUUCGUCGGUUCUCCCAGCCUGAUAGACAAGGGGUUUCGCCUGAAGACGCACUGCUCCUAUUUCUGCCGACCACGGGACCACAAGGACUGGGUCUGGUGCUGACGACGGGCUCGAGCCGUGCUGUUCUGGUGCUAAUCUGGUGCUGAUUUGUGCCGAUCUAGUGCUGAUCUGACGCUGAUCUGGUGCUUAUUUGGUGCCGGUUGGUGCUGAUCUGAUCAGUGCUGGUCUCAUGCUCAUCUGAUGCUUAUGUGGUGCUUCGCUGAGCUGGCUUCGCUCCAGUGCUAAUCUGAUGCCGAUAUGGCGCAAUAGGGUGCUUCUUGAUUUACCAUGAGACCGGACCAUGCAGCAUGUAGCAUCGCGGGGAUAUCUCCGAGUUAGGUGGACAUCACCAAAUGAAAUGAAGCCCUGCAACAAUGACGACGUCUUCUAAAAUAAUGUGGAGAGCUUCAGAGGUUUGGCCUCCUUGGUGGCCAUUUGACCCUUGCCCCAUGGCUUGCCCAGUACGCAACACCCAUGGUUAGCACGGUGUUUUUAAAGUCUUUCUUCCAACUCGAUUUGGGAAGAGUCCAACCCUAGUUCCAAAUCAGCCCCAGAUCAGCAAAAUAUUUGCGCCAAAGCAGCGAAAAACCUGCCCCAGAUCAGCAACAGAUCAGCGCCAGAUCAGCAA